UCUCGGCGGCUUGCUUAACCAAUACUUAAACCGCGGUUUCGCUGCGCCGCGGACUAUUCACGCAGCAUCGACCGUUGGUCCCGCAUUCCGUGCACGUGUGUCUUCGCGAGAACGCGUGCACCGACCGUCACCGAUCCACCGGACACGCGCGUGCCCGUCGGCAGCGCGCAAGCCACGAGAAACCCCCGCGGGAACCGUGACAGUGUGAAUCCCCCGAUCCCAACAGGGAAACGGUAGCCAAGUGCGACGUCGGAGGAUUUAGUGUGUCCAUCGGAGGAUUCUGAAUUCAGAGAUCCGGCUCGCGAGCCGACAGUGCGUCGCGCAGCGUUCCGAGCUCGAGGAAACGCGGGAACCGAGCGUUGAGGUCUUCUGGAACGGAAGUCGCUUAUCGAGGUGCCGCACGGUGAGAUCGAAAGCCGAGCCGAGCGAGUUUUAAUCGAGAACUUCCUCGCGGGAGGCGGUCCGGCGACAUCGAAGCUGAUACCGGCCGAGGAUUCCGGUGCAGCGAAGUCGCAGGAAGUUUACUUUCGAACGCGGCACCGUUUUCGUCGGCUAAACAGAAAUGGCAUCGGCAGCAGCGGAAUUAGUCGUGGAAAGGGACCCGGAGCCCAUGAUCGAGAUGACGGACAUGAACAGAACGUUGAUGGGCGUCGGAGCUCAAGGUCUGGUCCGAAUGGCCCUGGACCAGUACACAGAAAUCCUCACAACGAUCUCGGACCCUCGUGUCGGCGAUUGGCCCCUGAUGGACUCGCCUAUACCAACGGUCCUCAUCGUGCUCCUCUAUUUGUACGGGGUGACGAUAUUCGGCCCGCGAGUGAUGGCCAACCGGAAGCCUUUCAAGCUCAGAGGCGUACUGCUCGCUUACAACGCGUUUCAAGUGGUCUUCUCGCUAGGAAUGCUCUACGAGCACUUGAUGUCCGGCUGGUUAUUGGACUACAGCUACAAGUGUCAGCCGGUGGACUACUCCCACAAUCCGUCCGCGCUGCGAAUGGCGAGCCUGUGUUGGUGGUACUUCAUUAGCAAAUUCACGGAAUUCGCUGACACGAUAUUCUUCGUUCUACGUAAGAAAGAUAGCCAGGUGACUUUCCUACACCUGUACCACCACUCCCUGACACCGUUGGAGACGUGGAUCUGCGUGAAAUUCAUUGCUGGAGGCCACGGCACCCUGGGCAACCUCAUAAACAACGCGGUGCACGUGAUAAUGUACACUUAUUACUUGGUGUCUGCGAUGGGGCCUGAGUACCAAAAAUAUUUAUGGUGGAAGAAGCACUUAACCUCCGUGCAGUUGGUGCAGUUCUUCCUGGUGUUCGUGCACAGCACCCAGGCCCUGGUGUUCGACUGCGGCUACCCGAAGCUGGUCGCCGCGCUUCUUCUCCUUCACUCGACGAUCUUCUUCAUCCUGUUCUCCGACUUCUACCGGUACUCGUACAUCAAGUCUGCAAGGACGAAGUUGCUGAAGGGCGAGUAAACGGUGGAGCCUCGACGCGUUUGACGAACAGUCCCGAAUUCCUCUACGACGAUCAACGAACCCUCCGGACGCGCCGACCGCGCGCGCGAUCGAACGAUCACGGAUCAGUUCCGACGAGGACGGCUCUCGUUCUCGUGCAACGCAUUGUACAUUCGAUUCUCCUCGCACCCUUCGUACAGGGUGGACACGAUUUCUUCCGUCGAACACGUCAGAACCGACUCAUCAAUUCGAUCAAAGCUCUACCGAUAUUCACGCGAAACUAGUCACUCGAUCAGUCUUUCCGGAAGCUGAUCGUGCGAAUUCGAUCGCGCGGACGGUCGCGGUCGAUUCUAUCGGGGACGGGAUCCACGAGCGAAGAUCUCGCUCGUUGUCCGUCGUUAACCUCCACAGAGCAUCUCAGGUCUCGCGAACAGCUCGGACCAGGGCUUCCGAAGCACUCGUUCUUAAUUCUGCUACGGUCCGCGGGUCGACUACGGAUUGGAAACGAUGCUGACAAAGGGAAACACGACGAUCUUUUCAAAGAUAGAUAUAAAAGCGUCCUCAGUAUAGGACAGCGACUAGACCGUAGUGGUGUUAAUGAAAUGAAAACGAAGCUAGAUCAACUCUUUCACAGUGUUGCCCGGAAGUUGAUUGCGAUCAGGCUUUAUCUAGGCUGCAACCUUGCUCUUCGUCGUUUGAACCUUUUUUCCGGCAAUUAUUCGAUUACUAAUCAAAUGACGUUUGGUUUGCAAUAUACAAUAAGUAUAAUAAUGAAACGUGAUGUAAUGAUACUUGAUUUCAACGUUGAAAUGUCUUCACCGAGUCAGAAAGAAUAGUCCCGCAAGGGGUUGAUUACACUGCGGAAGAGUUGAUCUUUAGCCGAUCAUUCGUGACCGACGAACAACGUCGAAACGUUGAAACUUGAAUCCCGCGAGAAACGGGUCCACGACGAAUCUGAAUCGAGGCUGCCGCAUUCGACUCGGUUCGCGCGACGCGAGCGGAGGAGUGCAUCGAAAACCCAGUAUCGACGUAACUCUUCGUACAUCGAUCGGUCCUUGGUGUCGUUGAUUUAGCGGUUCUUCUACCACUCUUUUUUUUUAUCCUAGGUGUUACGCGUCGGUCUGAUCUAUAAUUAAGGUUACUGUAAAUAUACGAGUAGAAUUAGUGCGCGCGGAGGAGCGUCAUUCCCGCGGGUUUAUUUAAAUCUCUGCGCGAUUUGGGCCACGCGCGAUCGGCAGCUACGAACAACCUUUGCUGGAGGAUGCGACGAAUCCAGGAACAACGAUUCCGAACGAACUCUCGCGCGCGUCGGCUCAUCUCGCGAUCGUUCAAGCUCAAUCUUUACUAUUUAUACGUCGCUUGAUUAUCAUGUAAGUUCAAGCUGGCGAGAAUUCAAACGAACGUGUUCUCGCUUCGAGUUGUGCCGAGCACUUAUCGUAAACAGUGAAAGGAAAUUUGAUAAGGAUUUAUAAAAGUAUAACGUACCAUUUUUAGUAACGAAACAGACAAAAAGCGGUUCGAAGCAAGUUUCUUGGAUCUAAAUAUAUUUGAGAACUAGAUAAAUCAAGAAUGACCACUCGACAGUUCCCGAUUAGGGUGCUAACGGAUUGAUUCGAAGUAUCCGGUACAACUCGAUGCUCGAACCUCGUUUACAGGACCAACGUUUCAAGUUAAACCCUAAGCGAUCAUUCACGCGCGGUUACUAUGUUCACACCCCGAGCUCAUGGACCAGGACAGGUGUAUCGUGCGAUGGCGAACGGUAUCAAUCUUCAUCGCGAUACCUAUCACCGGCGCAGCGGGGACACGCACACUUCUACACGGUGAACACGCACGCUGGACAUUCGUGUAACAAUUCCUCUCACUGGCGGGCAGGCUGUUGAACCCAAUAGGUCCAGAGGAGCGUAACGCGCCUUACGAAAUCCGGUUAUUAACCCUUCAUAGGGAUUUCUGAGACACCGAAACGAAUACUUCUCGAAUUGAUCAAAAUUCUGUCUUCGAAAUGAUCGAACCCUUUUAUCAAUUAAUUUCAUCAGCCCCUUAUAGGCCACGAUUCCCGAGACAUGGAAAGAAAUUCCUUUCCGUUGAAUAUUGCCGAUCGGAGUUCUAUUUUUAAGAAACUUUGCGACAGAGGAUAACAGCCUAUUGUAUCGUUAUCAGUGCCUAUUCGUAUUGUCACUUCUCACUUUAUUUUUCACUCGACCUCCUCUGUUGACGUUACCGAUGUAGCACGUGUUACCAGUGAAACAAGGAUCACCGUCGAGGAAUUGUCGCGCGAUGCGUCCGGUGCCGCAGUGCGGUAAACCGUCGUAGAGUUCGCGUCGAAGAGGCACAACACGGUUUCGUCGAGAAUGCGUCUUCGGUGCAAGAUGUCGACGAACCCUUGCGACACGUUUCUGAGCGAUUAAAAUAGGGCGGCAACGCGCGCCUCCCGACGCAUUGUCCCUCGAGCAUCCCUGAAGCCCUGCAGGUAUCGGGGGUUGAACGACACUCACUCGGUGUUCAGGGAAAGACAAGAAAGACGACAGUACAAGAGGCAGUCUCUCCGAAGAAACACGUGUAACGCACUCCCCAGUGACUGACAGAGUACAGAGAGUUUCUACUUUAUCGAUUGACUCGAUACACCCCUACCAGAAGGGUGACCCGGAGUCGCUCGUCGCGCGGUCACUGGGAGAGGGUGAGGGUACCACCUAACGGUAUCUAUAGAUUUCUCUUCGUACGGGUUUGUCGUCGUGCCUCAUCCUAAGAUUGUAAUUUAUUUCGUGUACGCGCACGCGACGAAGAUAUUUUUGUACAUAUGUAAUACUGUUUUCUUUUGUAAUGAGAAAUAAAUACUGCUAGAUAGUGAUUAGUCUGAAUUCUGUACGAGCUGCAAGUUACC